AGCUCCUAGCGUUAGCCCCGAGAUCCCAGGCGCAGUAAAAUGAAGCGUUAUUGCCCUUUGUUUUUAAAUCGGACUGGCAGACGUUGCAUAAACGCUCAGAGCUAAUUAAUCGCGCUAGUGCUUGAGUUUUAUGAAAGGCUGUUUUGUCUUACGGUAAUUUCUAAAAGUAGCACUGCAAAACACUCUCUGGCUAGUUCGUUAGCCAGCCAGCUAACUCUUGAUUCUCCCGCGAGCCUGAAAAGCGAAGAGUCCAAAACUUCGCCAACACGGAGAGCUGGACGGGGAGAAAGCUCGAAAGGUCCCACUAACAUUACCGCUGGCUGAAGACUGUCAGCUUGCUCUCCAUCUUCAUGUAAGCUCUGGCUCUAAUGUGAACUAAGCAAACAAAACUGCUGGAGUCUUCUUCCGAGUUGAGAGACUGCCUAGUAGCUGGGGACAGCCCAGGUGUUUGGGCAGCAAGUCAGGUUUUACUGGCAGUCUGUGUGCUUCUAACCCACCAGCAUGUACAGUGGACAGUGGAUACCCUAGCCAAAACACAUCCUGGCUUCCCAAAGAUGACAAGGUGCUGGCAGGCCUUAGCAACAAAAUGAUGGGAGGCAGUGAGACUGUCAGUGGGGACAAGGAUGGGGCCCACACCACUGCAAUACAUGUCCCCAUCGGCUGGCAGAGGCGAGUGGAAGACGGGCAGGUGAUCUAUGUCAGUCCCAGUGGCACUUUGCUGUCUUCUCUGGAUGAGGUCAAGACCUAUCUGUUGACUGAUGGCACUUGCAAAUGUGGUCUGGAGUGUCCACUUGUCCUUCACAAGGUUUUCAACUUCACCUUGGGAGUGAAGGUGCACCAGUACAGCCAACCAUUAGGCAAAGCUGAGCAGGACAUGACCAAACUUUGUAACCACCGCAGGAAAGUGGUAGCAAUGGCGGCUCUGUGUCGAAGUAUGCAGGCCUCACAGCUGCCCUUCGCAAACCUUCAUCACCCAGAGCUUAGCAUUGGAGUGGACAACCGCGAUCCAAAGAGAGUACAUGGGGAGAGGGAAGAAGAGGACCGUGGUGUUUACCAUCCCAAACUCCAUCCAGUUCCAUCUCGACCCCACAACAACCUCCACUCAAACCCCUGCACCAGUCCCAAAUCUUCACACCAGUUUGUUUACCCUCACAAUGGAUCUUCUCCCAUCCUUCACACAGGCACCAACUCCCAUCAUUCCCUUGAUUCUUUAAGAAGACUUCACCAUCCUCCUCCUCUCCCAGCCUCCUCUUCUUCCAGCGCAUCAUUCCCAGCUUACAGCGUUACCCAGCGGUCGCCUCAUACACCCACACCUCAGAACUCCUGUCAAAGAACAGCCAAAACCCCGGAGACGCCUGGUUCUCCUCGGCUAGGGCCCCUCUCACCUCCCCCUUCUUCUCCUUUGACUCUAGUUGGAGGAGGAGGAGGAAGAGGAGCACAGACUCAUCAUCCUCAUGGCGUCAUUGUGGGAGGCUCCCCCUUAUCUCCGCCUCCCUCCCUCUCCCCCUCUGUUCACAACGUGAACUGUGUGUCUCCUCACCAGCGAUCCCGUCACCCGUCAGCCUCUCCUUCGUCUCUUUCCGAGCAAGGGGGAGGCUCGGCUGCAACAGCAGAAGGUGGAGGACUGAUGGGAAGGAGGAAAUCCACCUCUUCCUCUCCACACUCCCCUCUCCCUGGUGGCUCCCCUACCCCAAACCCACACUUCCCCAAAUACAAACUGGAGGACAUCUUGGAGCAGUUUAAGAACUCAGGCAACAGCAGCACUAAUAACCACCACCCCCUAAUCCCUUCUAACCCCACUUUACUGACCAACCAAAGCAGUAACAACCCUCAUGCUCUCUCCCAGAAGCCCUCAAACAGUCCCAUGAGUCCAACGCCCACCCCAAGCCCAGCAGGAUUUGGGUUAAACUCAGCAGGGCCCUCAAGUUUACCUCGGGGGCCAUUUCUGAACCACCACCACAGCCAUCAGGGCAGGCUGCCACACCCAACCUCUUUUCCUGCUAGUAGCCUGCUCUCUGCAGCUGCCAAGGCUCAGCUGGCUAACCAGAUAACCCAGGGACAGAGUUCAAAUACUGCCAGCAACCCGGUGAACUUGGCCUCUCCUCUGGAAGUUUUGAAAGAGGCACAGCAGCAGUCAUCGAAGGUAACAAACAGCACUUUACAUAAUAACCACCCUCCCUCCUCCAUCGCUUCUACUAGGCCUCCCCAUCCUUCCCUUGCAGCGGCCUCCUCCAUCCUCUUUCACCCGUCCCACUCUCUAGCCCAGUCUCUGGCUUCCUCUCUGCCCCACCUGCCUCCCACAGCGGAGCGCAGCGCUUCGCACCGCAAGAGGCAACGGCGAUCUCCUACAGUUCUCAGCAUGUUACGAGACACCCAGCAGCUGGCUAAUGGGCCGAGGAAGACACCACCAGGAGACAUUUCUACCACUAUUAUCAACCUUUCCUCCUCAUCCUCCCCAUCCAUCCCCUCCUCCCCACGUUCUUCCUCCUCUACCUCAGCUGUGCAGAACCAGAAUGCUGUCAUGUUAGAAAACCAUCAUCUGCUCCCCGGGCAGAUGCCGAGGCUUCCAGCUCCCCGACAGACAGCACACCUCUCCAGGCCUCUGAGACAAAGUGAGGCUUUGGAUUUCACUACAGGCCUGACAACGACCAUAGGCCCUCCUCUUGGCUUGGAUCCUCCAACUCAACCCCUGUCUGCACUGUUACACCUGCUCAGCGUGCAGAAUGCGCAGAAUGCCUCUGCCUCAGUGUCAAUUGAAGGAGGCGGAGACACUAAUAAACAAAGCCCCAGACUGUCACCCUCUUCACCCGCCUCUCAUUCUAAUAUGAGGCACCCACAGACUCGGUCACCAUGCCGAACCAGUAACACUAAUCCUGUAGUGUCUGCACCACCACAGCUUUCUCCCCCUCCCAAUUCCUCUCAGUUCAGAUCGGUGCAGUCUCAAUCACAGCCACAGUCUACUAAAUCAAGUCCUCAGCAGAGACAUUCUCCUUCUACAGUGCAAUCCAACUCCAAUUUAGCUUUACACUGCAGCAGCCCAUCUCGGCCAAUGUCACCAGCUCCUUCAGUAGACUCUUUCUCCCAGGCUCCUCUGCAGGAAUGUUCACCGCACAGCACUGUGGCACCUGAGAAUAGCAGUAACAGCGUAUCAACAUCAGAGGACCUGAGUCAUUCUCAUAGCAGUGUUUCUAUGGCAAUAUCCACCUCCCCAAAGCCGCUCGAUCUUAGCAACCAUGUCCUGGCACUGCUUGCAGCAUCUUCCACUGUGCCCCAGGCACAGGGGGAAGGUAGCUCCUCCGAUCAUUCCACUGAUGUUGUGUUGUCAUCCCAAGAGAAUCACACUGCAGUGUCAGAUGAGCCUGUAUGUUUGGACCCAAAGGUUUCUACAGUGACCAAACCUACAUCAACCACCAGCCCAAGGCACCCCAUCUCCUCACAAGCUGGGGACAAUUCCAGUCCUCAAACCCCUUCAGCUGUGGCAGACUCAACCACUUCCUUACCCCUGGCUGAGGCCUUCCCCUUCAUGAACCAAGAGCAGCUCCUUCAGCUGCUUUCAUCCACAGGAGGUCUACCUUCCCUCCUGGACCCUGCAGUCCUGGCUUCACUGCCCUUGGGAGGCUUAUGGUUGGGUGGGCAGCAUGCACAAAUAACCCCUACUAAUGCUACACCACAAAUGCUGCAAAAUCUUGCAGAACAACAGUCAGAGCAGCAACAGCAGUUGCUAAUACAACAAGAGACACAAAAUCCAAACCAGGAUCAACAACAGAAGCAACAACAGAUGAACAAUAAUCCACUGUUUCCCUUGCUGCCCUUGUUAAAUGGAGUCCAAGGGGAGCUGCCUUUGAACCUUUUGGGCCUGUUGAAUCCACUUCCACCUCCUACAGCUUCAGCCUCUACUGCAGCACAAGACAGUGACUUAGGACUCACAGAGAAACCUGGACUACAGGCCCUGCUCAUGGCUUCUUUGCUGCUUGGGCAGCAGCAGGGCACUUUGUUACCUCUAUCUGGGCUGGGCCAGGUCAGCUUGGAAGUUCCUCUGCAGCAGCCACAGCAGAUACCAACCACACUGGAGAGCCUCACCCUGGAUAAACCCUCUGGGCUCCUAGAUCCAUCAGCCCUACCUGGGCCAGGGCUCCUGGAGGUCCCCCAGGGUCUUCUCCCAAUUCCUACAACAGCUGAGGGCUCUAUCCAGGCCCUGCAGUCUCUGCUUCUUCCUGCCGCUCUUCCUCCCCCUGCAGCCUUCCUGUCUCUCAGCCCUGCCCUACUCACUGCUGCCCUGAGCUCUGCAGAGCUCCACCCGCAUCCCCACCCUCAGUUAGCUCCCGCACAGCAAACCCAUCAUAACCAACCUCAGGUACCUACUGAUGCUGGUGUUGACACACUCAUUCCUCUUUCACUCCAAGGCAAAGACAACCCUAUAUUACAACAGUUACUGCCCACUUUGCUUAAUCCUGCUGUUUUAGGAGAUCUCUCUGGCAUUGCAGGCCUCCAUAACAUGGUAGGAAUCGGAGCAAGUUCAAUCCUCUUGCCCCCAGUCCAGACCUCUACUUUGGGCAUGCCCCUGCUGCAGGGCCCAGAUGGAGCCAUCAACCUGCUCAACAACAUACAACUCAGCAUUGCCCCACCUUCAGAAGGAGAGAAGCCACUGUCUUUGCAAGAAACACAAAGCCCUGCCCCACAGGAAGACAUUCCAGCAAGGCAGAUCAGUCCAGAAGUGAUCCCCAGUCCUGUUCCCACUCCAGCUCCUGCCCCUGAACCUGCACCGCCCCCUCAGCGCAGUUCAGAGGGCAGGUCUGUCAUCGACCCUUACACCUCUUUCAUGGACACGAUUUAUACCUCUUUUCUCCAAGUCAGUGCUAAAGAGCAGGAAGACGGGGCCCACUUGGGGCCAUCUGACCCCACCUCACCCUUCUGUGCCUUACCACCGGUUUCUUUCCCUGUGGAGAACCCCACCCCGUCCACCCCAAUCCCAACUCUGCCUCAGGCAAGUGCCCCGGUCUCCCUCAGUCCACGGCGGGCAUGUUCCCUUCGCAACCCUGACUUAUCUCGUCUCAGCCUGGAAGCAGCAGCACAUUCCCCAGCUCAGGGGACACCCAAACCCACUGAGGAUGGAUCUGUGUCACCAUUACAAAGGAAACCAGUUAUGGUGGAGGGACAUACGCACCCAGAUCCUCCUCUGCCACCCAUAUACUUGGAGGAGGCCAAGACAGACUGCACAGGGACGUCUGCAGUAGUGUGCCCUUAUGUGGAGACUGGGGUGGACAGGCAGGGGCAUCGGUCCCAGGUGGGAUACCUUAGUCCAGGGGAUGGCUGCAGUGGGCUCAAUGAGGAGUCUGCGGGGACGCUGCUGUCCGCUGAACAGAGAAGGGAUCAAGCAGGAACUGCAGGGGGAGCCAGGAGAGGAAGGAAAAGGAAACAAACGUUACAGAAUGUGUUGGAAGAUUUCAGAGACAUGGAUGCUGCAGCGCUAGAGGAAACCAAGGCUACGACAGCCCUGCUGAAGCCUGAGAGAUCGGUGCGAGGCAGGAGACGGCGAGGCGCCAGGUCCCAGAGGCAGUGAUUGGUUGAAGGAGCCGUCAGUCAGAGCUGAUCACCAAUCAAAGGCAUCCAGUCGCCUCUCUUUCCCCUCCGUCAUCACCACUUUUUUUUUUUUUAAUGCAACUGCACUAAUAUACCGUUGUCUUGCCGACCAUUGUUUUGGCAACCACUAUGGAAAAAAACACAUAGGAGAGAGAUCUAGCCUGAGAAAUUUAUUUAUAAAAAAAAAAAAGAAAAAAAAUUGAAGAGAAAUUUCGUGGAUACUGUUUUCACUUAGGUCUAGU